GCGGCGCUGGGCCGGUGGCAAGCCCCCGGAGGGAGCCGCGGUAGUACGACGGAAGAUGGCGACGAGCGGCGGCGACGAGGCGGCGGCUGCGGGGCCGGCGCCGGGGGCCCCGGCAGCGGGGGCAGACACAACCCCGGGCUGGGAGGUGGCGGUGCGGCCCCUGUUGUCCGCGUCCUAUUCCGCCUUCGAGAUGAAGGAGUUGCCGCAGCUGGUGGCCUCAGUCAUCGAGAGUGAAUCAGAAAUCUUGCACCACGAGAAGCAGUACGAGCCAUUCUACUCAUCUUUUGUUGCACUUUCCACACACUAUAUUACAACAGUUUGUAGCCUCAUUCCCCGGAACCAACUUCAGUCUGUGGCAGCAGCCUGUAAAGUCCUGAUUGAAUUUUCUCUCCUACGUCUGGAGAAUCCAGAUGAGGCUUGCGCUGUGUCCCAGAAGCACUUGAUUCUCCUCAUCAAGGGCCUGUGCACUGGCUGUAGCCGGCUAGACAGAACUGAAAUUAUCACGUUUACAGCAAUGAUGAAAUCGGCCAAGCUGCCACAAACAGUGAAGACACUCUCAGAUGUGGAAGAUCAGAAAGAUCUGGCCUCACCAGUAAGCCCAGAGCUGAAGCAGAAGGAGGUCCAGAUGAAUUUUUUGAACCAGCUGACGUCAGUUUUCAACCCUAGGACUGUAGCAUCAUCACCCAUAGGUCCACAGACUCCGGCGGAAGGAGAAGGUGAUGAACAGUCAUCCACAGAUCAAGCCUCUGCUAUCAAAACCAAGAAUGUGUUCAUUGCUCAGAAUGUGGCUAGUCUUCAGGAGCUUGGUGGCUCAGAGAAGCUACUGCGUGUGUGUUUGAACCUGCCCUAUUUCCUACGCUACAUCAAUCGGUUUCAGGAUGCAGUGUUGGCGAAUUCCUUCUUCAUCAUGCCUGCAACAGUAGCAGAUGCCACUGCUGUUCGUAAUGGUUUUCAUUCACUGGUGAUUGAUGUUACCAUGGCACUAGAUACCCUUUCUCUACCUGUGUUGGAACCUCUCAAUCCUUCUCGUUUGCAAGAUGUGACAGUCCUCAGCCUAAGUUGUUUGUAUGCAGGUGUGAGUGUGGCAACUUGCAUGGCCAUCCUUCAUGUGGGCAGUGCCCAGCAAGUGCGGACAGGGUCCACGAGCUCCAAAGAGGAGGACUAUGAGAGUGACGCAGCUACGAUUGUCCAGAAAUGUCUUGAAAUCUAUGACAUGAUUGGACAAGCAAUCAGCAAUUCCCGCCGAGCUGGUGGUGAGCACUAUCAGAACUUCCAAUUGCUGGGUGCCUGGUGUUUGUUAAACAGCCUUUUCCUCAUAUUGAACCUCAGUCCUACUGCCUUGGCUGAUAAGGGGAAAGAGAAAGAUCCGCUGGCUGCUCUCCGAGUCAGAGACAUCCUUUCUCGUACAAAGGAGGGAGUGGGCUCUCCGAAGCUGGGGCCUGGAAAAGGGCAUCAGGGAUUUGGGGUGCUCUCAGUAAUAUUGGCAAACCAUGCCGUCAAGCUGUUGACGUCUCUCUUUCAAGACCUGCAAGUGGAGGCUCUGCACAAGGGUUGGGAGGCAGAUGGUCCCCCUGCGGUCCUGAGCGUUAUGGCCCAGAGUACCUCCAUACAGAGGAUUCAACGGCUGAUUGACUCUGUUCCACUGACGAACCUGCUGUUGACGUUACUUUCAACUUCCUACAGAAAGGCCUGUGUCCUGCAGCGUCAGAGGAAGGGCUCCAUGAGCAGCGAUGCCAGUGCCUCUACUGACUCAAACACCUACUAUGAGGAUGAUUUCAGCAGCACGGAGGAGGACAGCAGCCAAGAUGAUGACAGUGAGCCUAUUCUGGGGCAGUGGUUUGAAGAGACUAUCUCCCCCAGUAAAGAGAAAGUGGCUCCUCCGCCUCCUCCCCCACCCCCUCCACUGGAGAGCUCGCCUCGAGUUAAAAGCCCCAGUAAGCAGGCCCCCGGUGAGAAGGGCAACAUUUUGGCGAGUCGCAAAGAUCCUGAAUUGUUUUUAGGUCUGGCUUCUAACAUUUUGAACUUCAUCACCUCUUCCAUGCUGAACUCUCGGAACAAUUUUAUCCGAAACUAUCUGAGUGUGUCUCUUUCAGAACACCACAUGGCCACCCUGGCCAGUAUCAUCAAGGAGGUGGACAAAGAUGGACUCAAGGGUGCAUCAGAUGAAGAGUUUGCUGCCGCCCUUUAUCACUUCAACCACUCUCUGGUAACUUCUGACCUCCAGUCGCCUAACCUGCAGAACACACUGUUGCAGCAGCUGGGAGUUGCUCCUUUUUCUGAGGGCCCUUGGCCCUUGUACAUUCAUCCUCAAAGCCUCUCUGUGCUUUCACGCCUCCUGCUCAUCUGGCAACAUAAAGCCAGCGCUCAAGGUGACCCUGAUGUCCCUGAAUGCCUUAAAGUUUGGGACAGGUUUUUGUCGACAAUGAAGCAGAAUGCCCUGCAGGGGGUGGUGCCCGGUGAGACAGAAGACUUGAAUGUAGAACACCUGCAGCUGCUCCUUCUCAUUUUCCACAACUUCUCUGAGAAAGGCCGGCGGGACGUAUUGACCCUUUUUGUGCAGAUGAUCCAGGAGCUGAGUGCCAACAUGGAUGCCCAGAUGCGCUCUGUGCCUCUCAUCCUGGCUCGCCUACUUCUGAUCUUUGAUUACCUGCUUCAUCAGUACUCCAAAGCCCCCGUGUAUCUGUUUGAGCAGGUGCAACAGAACCUGCUUAGUCCUCCCUUUGGGUGGGCAAGUGGGUCCCAGGACAGCAGCAGCCGCCGGGCGACCACCCCUCUCUAUCAUGGCUUCAAAGAAGUAGAAGAAAACUGGUCUAAGCAUUUUUCAUCAGAUGCUGUCCCGCAACCCAGAUUCUACUGUGUCCUGUCCCCAGAAGCCUCAGAGGAUGACUUGAACCGACUUGAUUCUGUGGCAUGUGAUGUUCUUUUCUCCAAGCUUGUCAAGUAUGAUGACCUCUACGCUGCACUGACAUCCCUGCUGGCAGCUGGAUCCCAGCUUGAUACAGUCAGGAGAAAGGAAAACAAGAACGUAACAGCCCUGGAGGCCUGUGCCCUUCAAUAUUACUUCUUGAUACUGUGGAGGAUCCUAGGAAUUUUGCCACCAUCAAAGACUUACAUGAACCAGCUGGCCAUGAACUCGCCAGAGAUGAGUGAAUGUGACAUCCUACACACUCUGCGGUGGUCUUCCCGCCUCCGGAUCAGCUCCUAUGUCAGCUGGAUAAAGGACCACCUUAUCAAACAGGGAAUGAAGGCUGAACAUGCUGGUUCUCUCCUAGAACUGGCAGCCAGCAAGUGCAGCUCAGUGAAAUACGAUGUAGAAAUUGUAGAGGAAUACUUUGCUCGACAGAUCUCGUCCUUCUGUAGCAUCGACUGCACCACCAUCUUGCAGCUCCAUGAAGUUCCUAGUCUGCAGUCCAUUUACACCCUUGAUGCUGCUAUCUCAAAGGUCCAGGUCUCUCUGGAUGAGCAUUUUUCUAAGAUGGCUGCCGAGACAGAUCCUCAUAAGUCAUCUGAGAUCACCAAGAACCUGCUUCCAGCCACGCUGCAGCUCAUUGACACCUAUGCGUCAUUCACCAGAGCCUACCUGCUGCAGAACUUUAAUGAAGAGGGAUCCACUGAAAAACCUUCCCAGGAGAAAUUGCGCGGCUUUGCUGCUGUUUUGGCUAUUGGCUCUAGUAGGUGCAAGGCGAACACUCUGGGCCCAACACUGGUUCAGAAUUUACCGUCAUCGGUGCAGGCUGUGUGCGAAUCCUGGAACAACAUCAACACCAAUGAGUUUCCUAACAUUGGAUCCUGGCGCAAUGCCUUUGCCAAUGACACCAUCCCUUCUGAGAGUUACAUCAGUGCUGUGCAGGCGGCUCACUUGGGGACUCUUUGUGGCCAGAGUCUGCCCCUGGCUGCAUCCCUGAAGCACACCCUCCUCUCACUGGUCAGGUUGACUGGAGAUCUUAUAGUCUGGUCCGAUGAGAUGAACCCACCACAGGUAAUUCGGACCCUGCUCCCCCUUCUUCUCGAGUCAAGCACUGAGAGUGUCGCUGAGAUCAGUAGCAACUCUCUGGAACGCAUCCUGGGCCCUGCAGAAUCUGAUGAGUUCUUGGCUCGUGUUUAUGAGAAGCUUAUCACUGGCUGUUACAACAUUCUGGCCAAUCAUGCGGAUCCCAAUAGUGGACUGGAUGAAUCCAUCUUAGAGGAGUGUCUUCAGUAUCUGGAAAAGCAACUGGAAAGCAGCCAGGCUCGUAAAGCUAUGGAGGAAUUUUUCUCUGACAGUGGAGAACUUGUGCAGAUCAUGAUGGCAACAGCCAAUGAGAACCUCUCUGCUAAAUUCUGUAACCGAGUUUUGAAAUUCUUCACCAAACUCUUCCAGCUGACUGAGAAGAGCCCCAACCCGAGCCUUCUACAUCUCUGUGGCUCCCUGGCACAGCUGGCUUGCGUGGAGCCUGUGCGUCUCCAGGCCUGGCUCACCCGCAUGACUGCGUCGCCCCCCAAAGAUUCCGACCAGCUGGACAUGAUCCAGGAGAACAGGCAGCUGCUGCAGUUGUUGACCACGUACAUCGUUCGGGAAAACAGCCAAGUGGGGGAAGGUGUGUGUGCAGUGCUGUUGGGUACCCUGAUCCCCAUGGCAACAGAGAUGCUGGCCAACGGUGAUGGGACUGGUUUCCCCGAACUCAUGGUUGUGAUGGCUACCCUGGCCAGUGCAGGUCAAGGUGCUGGCCAUCUUCAGCUUCAUAAUGCUGCUGUGGACUGGCUAAGCAGAUGCAAGAAAUACCUGUCACAGAAGAAUGUGGUUGAAAAACUGAAUGCCAAUGUAAUGCAUGGAAAGCAUGUGAUAGUCCUGGAGUGCACCUGCCAUAUUAUGUCUUACUUGGCUGAUGUCACCAAUGCCCUGAGCCAGAGUAACGGCCAAGGCCCAAGUCACCUCUCAGUGGAUGGGGAAGAGCGGGCCAUCGAGGUGGACUCAGACUGGGUAGAGGAGCUGGCAGUGGAGGAGGAAGACUCCCAGGCUGAGGACUCAGAUGAAGAUUCUCUUUGCAAUAAACUCUGCACUUUUACCAUCACUCAGAAAGAAUUCAUGAACCAGCAUUGGUACCACUGUCACACCUGCAAAAUGGUUGAUGGGGUGGGGGUAUGCACAGUAUGUGCCAAGGUGUGCCACAAGGAUCAUGAGAUUUCCUAUGCCAAGUAUGGGUCCUUCUUCUGUGACUGUGGAGCCAAGGAGGAUGGCAGCUGUUUGGCCCUGGUGAAGCGAACGCCCAGCAGUGGCAUGAGCUCCACCAUGAAAGAGUCAGCGUUUCAGAGUGAACCCAGGGUUUCAGAGAGUCUCGUGCGCCACACCAGCACCUCCCCGGCUGACAAGGCCAAAGUCACCAUCAGCGACGGAAAGGUUGCUGACGAAGAGAAGCCCAAAAAGAGUAGCCUGUGCCGCACGGUGGAGGGCUGCCGCGAGGAGCUGCAGAACCAGGCCAAUUUCUCGUUCGCUCCUCUCGUGUUAGACAUGCUCAAUUUCCUCAUGGAUGCCAUUCAGACCAACUUUCAGCAGGCUUCAGCUGUGGGGAGCAGCAGCCGGGCUCAGCAGGCCCUCCGGGAGCUGCACACAGUGGACAAGGUGGUUGAGAUGACAGACCAGCUGAUGGUUCCCACCUUAGGCUCCCAGGAAGGUGCCUUUGAGAAUGUCCGAAUGAAUUACAGCGGAGACCAGGGCCAGACCAUUCGACAGCUAAUCAGCGCCCACGUGCUCAGGAGGGUGGCUAUGUGCGUGCUCUCCUCCCCUCAUGGGCGCCGCCAGCAUCUGGCUGUCAGCCACGAGAAAGGCAAGAUCACUGUCCUGCAGCUCUCAGCUCUCCUGAAGCAAGCAGAUUCCAGCAAGAGGAAGCUGACGCUGACUCGCCUGGCUUCUGCCCCGGUCCCCUUUACUGUGCUCAGCCUCACAGGGAAUCCGUGCAAGGAGGACUACCUUGCCGUUUGUGGACUGAAGGACUGCCACGUGCUGACCUUCAGUAGCUCAGGCUCCGUAUCGGAUCACUUGGUUUUGCACCCCCAGUUGGCAACGGGGAACUUCAUCAUCAAAGCCGUGUGGUUACCUGGCUCACAGACUGAGUUAGCGAUUGUCACUGCAGACUUUGUCAAGAUUUAUGACCUGUCUGUGGAUGCCUUGAGUCCAACCUUCUACUUUCUCCUGCCCAGCUCAAAGAUAAGAGAUGUUACCUUCCUCUUCAAUGAAGAGGGAAAGAACAUCAUUGUUAUAAUGUCUUCGGCUGGGUACAUCUAUACUCAGCUCAUGGAGGAGGCCAGCAGUGCCCAGCAGGGACCCUUCUAUGUCACGAACGUGCUGGAAAUCAACCACGAGGACCUGAAGGACAGUAACAGCCAGGUGGCAGGCGGUGGUGUGUCCGUCUAUUACUCGCACGUGUUGCAGAUGCUGUUCUUCAGCUACUGCCAGGGCAGGUCGUUUGCAGCCACCAUCAGUAGGAUGACGCUGGAGGUGUUGCAGCUCUUCUCCAUCAACAUCAAAAGUUCCAAUGGUGGCAGUAAGACGUCUCCUGCCCUUUGCCAGUGGUCUGAAGUGAUGAACCACCCAGGCUUGGUCUGUUGUGUCCAGCAAACUACAGGAGUGCCCCUGGUAGUUAUGGUGAAACCAGAGACUUUUCUCAUCCAGGAGAUUAAGACUCUUCCUGCCAAAGCAAAGAUCCAGGACAUGGUCGCCAUCCGGCACACGGCCUGCAAUGAGCAGCAGCGAACAACAAUGAUCUUGCUGUGUGAGGACGGCAGCCUGCGCAUCUACAUGGCCAACGUGGAGAACACCUCCUACUGGCUUCAGCCCUCCCUGCAGCCCAGCAGUGUCAUCAGCAUAAUGAAGCCCGUUCGAAAGCGUAAAACAGCCACCAUCACAACCCGCACGUCUAGCCAGGUGACCUUCCCCAUUGACUUCUUUGAACACAACCAGCAGCUGACAGAUGUGGAGUUUGGUGGUAAUGACCUCCUGCAGGUCUACAACGCACAACAGAUAAAGCACCGGCUGAAUUCCACUGGCAUGUAUGUGGCCAACACCAAGCCCGGCGGCUUCACCAUUGAGAUCAGUAACAACAACAGCACUAUGGUGAUGACAGGCAUGCGGAUCCAGAUUGGGACCCAGGCAAUUGAACGGGCCCCAUCAUAUAUCGAGAUCUUCGGCAGAACCAUGCAACUUAACUUGAGCCGCUCACGCUGGUUUGACUUCCCCUUUACCAGAGAAGAAGCCCUGCAGGCCGAUAAGAAGCUGAACCUCUUCAUCGGGGCCUCAGUGGAUCCAGCAGGUGUCACCAUGAUCGACGCUGUAAAAAUUUACGGCAAGACUAAGGAGCAGUUCGGCUGGCCUGACGAGCCCCCGGAAGAGUUCCCUUCUGCCUCCGUCAGCAACAUCUGUCCUUCAAACCUAAACCAGAGCAAUGGCACUGGAGACAGUGACUCAGCUGUCCCUACCAGCACGAGUGGGACUGUCCUGGAGAGGCUGGUUGUGAGUUCUUUAGAAGCCCUGGAAAGCUGCUUUGCUGUUGGCCCAAUCAUCGAGAAGGAGAGAAACAAGAGUGCAGCUCAGGAGCUGGCCACUCUGCUGCUGUCCCUGCCAGCGCCUGCCAGCGUCCAGCAGCAGUCCAAGAGCCUUCUGGCCAGCCUGCACACCAGCCGCUCGGCCUAUCACAGCCACAAGGAUCAGGCCUUGCUGAGCAAAGCUGUGCAGUGUCUCAACACAUCCAGCAAAGAAGGCAAGGAUUUGGACCCUGAGGUCUUCCAGAGGCUGGUGAUCACGGCUCGCUCCAUUGCCAUCAUGCGCCCUAACAACCUUGUCCACUUCACGGAGUCAAAGCUGCCCCAGAUGGAAACAGAAGGAGCGGAUGAGGGGAGAGAACCUCAGAAGCAGUUGGAGGGAGACUGUUGUAGUUUCAUCACCCAGCUGGUGAACCACUUCUGGAAACUCCAUGCAUCCAAACCCAAGAAUGCUUUCUUGGCGCCUGCCUGCCUGCCAGGCCUAACUCAUAUUGAAGCUACCGUCAAUGCUCUGGUAGACAUUAUCCAUGGCUACUGUACGUGUGAGUUGGAUUGUAUUAACACAGCAUCCAAGAUCUACAUGCAGAUGCUCCUGUGUCCGGAUCCUGCUGUGAGCUUCUCUUGUAAACAAGCUCUAAUUCGAGUCCUAAGGCCCAGGAACAAGCGGAGACAUGUGACAUUGCCCUCCUCCCCUCGAAGCAACACUCCCAUGGGAGACAAGGAUGAUGACGACGAUGAUGACGCGGAUGAGAAAAUGCCGGCAUCAGGCAUCCCGAGUGGUGGUCACAUCCGUCAGGAAAGCCAGGAGCAGAGUGAGGUGGACCAUGGAGAUUUUGAGAUGGUGUCUGAGUCGAUGGUCCUGGAGACAGCUGAAAAUGUCAACAAUGGCAACCCCUCUCCCCUGGAGGCCCUGCUGGCAGGCGCAGAGGGCUUCCCCCCCAUGCUGGACAUCCCGCCUGAUGCAGAUGACGAGACCAUGGUUGAACUAGCCAUUGCCCUGAGCCUGCAGCAGGACCAACAAGGCAGCAGCAGCAGUGCCCUGGGCCUGCAGAGCCUGGGGCUGUCCGGCCAGGCACCCAGCUCUUCCUCUCUGGACGCAGGAACCCUCUCUGACACCACAGCAUCAGCUCCAGCCUCAGACGACGAGGGCAGCACAGCAGCGACUGAUGGUUCCACCCUUCGGACCUCCCCUGCUGACCACGGUGGUAGUGUGGGCUCGGAGAGCGGGGGAAGUGCAGUGGACUCGGUGGCUGGCGAGCACAGUGUAUCUGGCCGGAGCAGUGCUUAUGGUGAUGCCACAGCGGAGGGGCAUCCAGCUGGACCAGGAAGUGUCAGUUCAAGCACUGGCGCCAUCAGCACCACCACCGGACAUCAGGAAGGAGAUGGCUCCGAGGGAGAAGGAGAAGGGGAAGGGGAAGGAGAUGUCCACGCUAGCAACAGGCUGCACAUGGUCCGUCUGAUGCUGUUGGAGAGACUGCUGCAAACCUUGCCCCAGUUACGAAGUGUUGGAGGGGUCCGGGCCAUCCCAUACAUGCAGGUCAUUCUGAUGCUUACUACAGAUCUGGAUGGAGAAGAUGAGAAGGACAAGGGAGCCCUGGACAACCUGCUUUCCCAGCUCAUUGCUGAACUGGGCAUGGAUAAGAAGGAUGUCUCUAAGAAGAACGAGCGCAGUGCCCUGAAUGAGGUCCACCUGGUGGUGAUGAGGCUCCUGAGUGUCUUCAUGUCCAGGACCAAAUCUGGAUCCAAGUCUUCCAUAUGUGAGUCAUCUUCCCUCAUCUCCAGCGCCACAGCAGCAGCCCUGCUGAGCUCUGGGGCUGUGGACUACUGCCUGCAUGUGCUCAAGUCCCUGCUGGAGUAUUGGAAGAGCCAACAGAAUGAUGAGGAGCCCGUGGCUACCAGCCAGUUACUAAAACCACAUACUACGUCAUCCCCACCCGACAUGAGCCCGUUCUUCCUCCGCCAGUAUGUGAAGGGCCAUGCUGCUGAUGUGUUUGAGGCCUACACUCAGCUUCUGACAGAGAUGGUGCUGAGGCUGCCAUACCAAAUCAAGAAGAUCGCUGACACCAAUUCUCGAAUCCCACCUCCUGUCUUCGAUCAUUCGUGGUUUUACUUUCUCUCAGAGUACCUGAUGAUCCAGCAAACUCCAUUUGUGCGCCGGCAAGUCCGCAAACUUCUGCUCUUCAUCUGUGGGUCAAAGGAGAAGUACCGCCAGCUCCGGGAUUUGCACACCCUGGACUCCCACGUGCGUGGCAUCAAGAAGCUGCUGGAGGAGCAGGGGAUUUUCCUCCGGGCAAGUGUGGUUACAGCCAGCUCCGGCUCUGCCCUGCAGUAUGACACGCUCAUCAGCCUGAUGGAGCACCUGAAAGCCUGUGCAGAGAUUGCUGCCCAGCGAACCAUCAACUGGCAGAAAUUCUGCAUCAAAGAUGACUCCGUCCUAUACUUCCUCCUCCAAGUCAGCUUCCUGGUGGACGAGGGGGUAUCUCCGGUGCUGCUGCAGCUGCUCUCCUGUGCUCUGUGUGGCAGCAAAGUGCUCGCUGCCCUAGCGGCCUCGGCAGGGUCCUCCAGUGCUUCCUCCUCCUCAGCCCCUGUGGCCACCGGUUCUGGACAAGCUGCAACACAGUCGAAGUCGUCCACAAAGAAGAGCAAGAAAGAAGAAAAGGAAAAGGAGAAAGAGGGUGAGAGCUCUGGCAGCCAGGAGGACCAGCUGUGCACAGCUCUGGUGAACCAGCUGAACAAAUUUGCGGACAAGGAGACCUUGGUCCAGUUUCUGCGUUGCUUCCUCUUAGAGUCCAAUUCUUCCUCGGUGCGCUGGCAGGCCCACUGCCUGACGCUGCAUAUCUACAGAAACUCUAGCAAAUCUCAACAGGAGCUCCUGCUAGAUCUGAUGUGGUCCAUAUGGCCAGAACUCCCAGCCUACGGUCGUAAGGCUGCCCAGUUUGUGGACCUACUGGGAUAUUUCUCCUUGAAAACCCCACAGACAGAGAAGAAGUUGAAAGAAUAUUCACAGAAGGCUGUGGAGAUUCUGCGGACUCAAAACCAUAUUCUUACCAACCAUCCCAACUCCAACAUUUACAACACCUUGUCUGGCCUAGUGGAGUUUGAUGGCUAUUACCUGGAGAGUGAUCCCUGCCUGGUGUGUAAUAAUCCGGAAGUGCCAUUUUGUUACAUCAAGCUGUCUUCCAUUAAAGUGGACACGCGGUACACCACCACCCAGCAGGUUGUGAAGCUCAUUGGCAGCCAUACCAUCAGUAAAGUGACAGUGAAAAUUGGGGACCUGAAACGGACCAAGAUGGUGCGGACUAUCAACCUUUAUUACAACAACCGAACCGUGCAGGCCAUCGUGGAGCUGAAAAACAAGCCGGCUCGCUGGCACAAAGCCAAGAAGGUUCAGCUGACCCCUGGGCAGACAGAGGUGAAGAUCGACCUGCCUUUGCCCAUCGUGGCCUCCAACCUGAUGAUAGAGUUUGCAGACUUCUAUGAAAACUACCAGGCCUCCACGGAGACCCUGCAGUGCCCACGCUGUAGUGCCUCCGUCCCUGCCAACCCAGGGGUCUGCGGCAACUGUGGCGAGAACGUCUACCAGUGUCACAAAUGCAGAUCCAUCAACUAUGAUGAGAAGGACCCCUUCCUGUGCAACGCCUGUGGCUUCUGUAAGUACGCUCGCUUCGACUUCAUGCUCUACGCCAAGCCGUGCUGUGCGGUGGAUCCCAUUGAGAACGAAGAAGACCGGAAGAAGGCUGUUUCCAACAUCAAUACGCUUCUGGACAAGGCUGAUCGAGUGUAUCACCAGCUGAUGGGGCAUCGGCCACAGCUGGAGAACCUGCUCUGCAAAGUGAACGAGGCAGCUCCUGAGAAGCCGCAGGAUGACUCGGGAACAGCUGGGGGCAUCAGUUCCACUUCAGCCAGCGUGAACCGCUACAUCCUGCAGUUGGCGCAGGAGUACUGUGGAGAUUGCAAGAACUCUUUUGACGAACUUUCCAAAAUCAUCCAGAAAGUUUUUGCUUCACGCAAAGAGUUGCUGGAGUAUGACCUGCAGCAGAGGGAAGCAGCCACGAAAUCAUCUCGGACCUCCGUGCAGCCCACGUUCACUGCCAGCCAGUACCGUGCCUUGUCCGUCCUGGGCUGUGGCCACACGUCCUCCACCAAGUGCUACGGCUGCGCCUCGGCCGUCACAGAGCACUGCAUCACCCUGCUCCGGGCCCUGGCCACCAACCCCGCCCUGAGGCACAUCCUCGUCUCCCAGGGCCUCAUCCGGGAGCUCUUUGAUUACAAUCUUCGCCGAGGCUCCGCGGCCAUGCGGGAGGAGGUCCGCCAGCUCAUGUGCCUCCUGACUCGAGACAAUCCAGAGGCCACCCAGCAAAUGAACGACCUGAUUAUUGGCAAAGUCUCCACCGCCCUGAAGGGCCACUGGGCCAAUCCUGAUCUGGCGAGUAGCCUUCAGUAUGAAAUGCUGUUGCUGACAGAUUCCAUCUCGAAGGAGGACAGCUGCUGGGAGCUCCGCUUACGCUGUGCGCUCAGCCUCUUCCUCAUGGCCGUGAACAUUAAGACCCCUGUGGUGGUUGAGAACAUCACCCUCAUGUGCCUGCGGAUCUUGCAGAAGCUGAUUAAACCCCCUGCUCCCACCAGCAAGAAGAACAAGGAUGUUCCUGUCGAGGCCCUCACCACAGUUAAGCCAUACUGCAACGAGAUCCAUGCCCAGGCUCAGCUCUGGCUCAAGAGGGACCCCAAAGCAUCCUAUGAAGCCUGGAAGAAGUGUCUUCCUAUCAGAGGGAUCGACGGCAAUGGGAAGUCCCCCAGCAAAUCAGAGCUCCGCCACCUCUACCUGACCGAGAAGUACGUGUGGCGGUGGAAGCAGUUCCUGAGUCGUCGGGGGAAGAGGGCCUCCCCCUUGGAUCUCAAGCUGGGCCACAACAACUGGCUGCGGCAAGUGCUCUUUACUCCAGCGACACAGGCUGCACGGCAGGCGGCCUGUACCAUCGUGGAAGCUCUGGCCACCAUUCCCAGCCGCAAGCAGCAGGUCCUCGACCUCCUCACCAGUUACCUGGAUGAGUUGAGCGUAGCUGGUGAGUGUGCCGCCGAGUACCUGGCUCUCUACCAGAAGCUCAUCACUUCAGCUCACUGGAAAGUCUACCUGGCAGCUCGAGGAGUCCUGCCCUAUGUAGGCAAUCUCAUCACCAAGGAAAUAGCCCGCUUGUUGGCCCUGGAGGAGGCCACCCUGAGCACUGAUCUGCAGCAGGGCUAUGCCCUCAAAAGUCUCACAGGCCUCCUGUCCUCCUUCGUUGAGGUGGAGUCCAUCAAAAGGCACUUUAAAAGCCGCUUGGUGGGUACCGUGCUGAAUGGGUACCUGUGCUUGCGGAAGCUGGUGGUGCAGAGGACCAAGCUGAUCGACGAGACGCAGGACAUGCUGCUGGAGAUGCUGGAGGACAUGACCACAGGCACAGAAUCGGAAACCAAGGCCUUCAUGGCUGUGUGCAUUGAGACAGCCAAGCGCUACAGCCUGGGCGACUACCGGACUCCAGUCUUCAUCUUUGAAAGGCUCUGCAGCAUCAUCUAUCCCGAGGAGAAUGAAGUCACUGAGUUCUUUGUGACCCUGGAGAAGGAUCCCCAACAAGAAGACUUCUUACAGGGCAGGAUGCCUGGGAACCCGUACAGCAGCAACGAGCCCGGCAUCGGGCCACUCAUGAGGGACAUAAAGAACAAGAUUUGCCAGGACUGUGACUUGGUGGCUCUCCUGGAGGAUGACAGUGGGAUGGAGCUUCUAGUGAACAAUAAAAUCAUCAGUCUGGACCUUCCUGUGGCUGAGGUGUACAAGAAGGUCUGGUGUACCACAAAUGAGGGAGAGCCCAUGAGGAUUGUUUAUCGGAUGCGGGGGCUGCUGGGAGAUGCCACCGAGGAGUUUAUUGAGUCCUUGGACUCCACCACAGAUGAAGAAGAAGAUGAGGAAGAAGUAUAUAAGAUGGCUGGUGUGAUGGCCCAGUGUGGGGGCCUGGAGUGCAUGCUUAACAGACUGGCAGGGAUCAAAGAUUUCAAGCAGGGACGCCACCUCCUAACAGUGCUGCUGAAGUUAUUCAGUUACUGCGUGAAGGUGAAAGUCAACCGGCAACAGCUGGUCAAGCUGGAAAUGAACACUUUGAAUGUCAUGCUGGGGACUCUCAACCUGGCCCUGGUAGCCGAGCAAGAAAGCAAGGACAGUGGUGGUGCAGCUGUGGCCGAGCAGGUGCUCAGCAUUAUGGAGAUCAUUCUGGAUGAGUCCAACGCUGAGCCCCUGAGUGAGGACAAGGGCAACCUCCUCCUGACGGGUGACAAAGAUCAACUCGUGAUGCUCUUGGACCAGAUCAACAGCACCUUUGUUCGCUCCAACCCCAGUGUGCUCCAGGGCCUGCUUCGCAUCAUCCCAUACCUUUCCUUCGGGGAGGUGGAGAAAAUGCAGAUCUUGGUGGAGCGGUUCAAACCGUACUGCAGCUUUGAUAAGUACGACGAGGAUCACAGUGGCGAUGAUAAGGUUUUCCUGGACUGCUUCUGCAAAAUCGCAGCCGGCAUCAAGAACAACAGCAACGGGCAUCAGCUGAAGGAUCUGAUUCUCCAGAAGGGAAUCACCCAGAGUGCACUUGACUAUAUGGAAAAGCACAUUCCCAGUGCCAAGAAUUUGGAUGCUGACAUCUGGAAAAAGUUUUUGUCUCGCCCGGCCCUGCCGUUCAUCUUGAGGCUCCUUCGGGGGCUGGCCAUCCAGCACCCUGCCACCCAGGUUCUCAUUGGAACCGACUCCAUCACAAACCUGCAUAAACUGGAGCAGGUGUCCAGCGAUGAGGGCAUUGGGACGCUGGCAGAGAACCUGCUGGAGGCGCUGCGGGAGCACCCCGACGUAAACAAGAAGAUAGACGCGGCCCGCAGGGAGACCCGGGCCGAGAAGAAGCGCAUGGCCAUGGCCAUGAGGCAGAAGGCUCUGGGCACGCUGGGCAUGACGACCAAUGAGAAGGGCCAGGUCGUGACCAAGACGGCGCUGCUGAAGCAGAUGGAGGAGCUCAUUGAGGAGCCGGGCCUCACGUGCUGCAUCUGCAGGGAGGGGUACAAGUUCCAGCCCACCAAGGUCCUGGGCAUUUAUACCUUCACCAAGCGGGUCGCCUUGGAGGAGAUGGAGAACAAGCCCCGGAAACAGCAGGGCUACAGCACCGUGUCCCACUUCAACAUCGUGCACUACGAUUGCCACCUGGCUGCUGUCAGGCUGGCUCGAGGCCGGGAAGAGUGGGAAAGUGCCGCCCUUCAGAAUGCCAACACUAAGUGCAAUGGGCUCCUUCCAGUCUGGGGGCCACAUGUCCCUGAGUCCGCUUUUGCCACCUGCCUGGCAAGGCACAACACGUACCUCCAGGAGUGCACGGGCCAGCGGGAGCCCACGUACCAGCUCAACAUCCACGACAUCAAGCUGCUCUUCCUGCGCUUCGCCAUGGAGCAGUCCUUCAGCGCGGACACCGGAGGGGGCGGCCGGGAGAGCAACAUCCACCUGAUCCCGUACAUCGUCCACACUGUGCUCUACGUCCUGAACACGACCCGAGCAACUUCCCGAGAGGAGAAGAACCUCCAGGGCUUUCUGGAGCAGCCCAAGGAGAAGUGGGUGGAGAGUGCCUUUGAAGUGGACGGGCCCCACUAUUUCACUGUCCUGGCCCUCCACGUCCUGCCCCCCGAGAAGUGGCGAGCCAUUCGCGUGGAAAUCCUGCGGAGGCUGCUGGUGACCUCUCAGGCCCGGGCAGUGGCUCCAGGGGGAGCCACCAGGCUGACGGACAAGGCGGUAAAGGACUACUCUGCUUAUCGCUCUUCCCUUCUCUUCUGGGCCCUCGUCGAUCUCAUUUACAACAUGUUUAAGAAGGUGCCGACCAGCAACACGGAGGGAGGCUGGUCCUGCUCUCUCGCGGAGUACAUCCGCCAUAACGACAUGCCCAUCCACGAAGCAGCCGACAAGGCCCUGAAGGCCUUCCAGGAGGAGUUCAUGCCAGUAGAGACCUUCUCGGAGUUCCUCGAUGCCGCUGGUCUGUUAUCAGAAAUCACCGAUCCUGAGAGCUUCCUGAAGGACCUGUUGAACUCAGUCCCCUGAGCACCACCCGGAAAUGGCGGUCGAUGGAGAUGGAAGCUAGCCUGCCUCCCGCCCCUCUGUGUUCUCCCUUCCUGUGCGUGGUGCCCCCACGGGAUGCUGCCUCUUUGCUCCUCCCACCUCCCUCCCUCUUCUCAGAGUGGCUUGGGGACUUUAGGCUUCCUGUUUUAUCGCGUGUGUGUGGUGCACUAGCUAUGAAGUUGUCUGUAACCCGAGCCGUCGAAGGACCUGUACAUACCUAGGAGCCACGAGUUGUCCCAGCUGACUGAAUACUUGAGUGUGCACAUCUUGAGAAAUAAACGAAUGACUUAAUACACAUUGAAAAGGAAGGUGUUGCCUGUGCUUGAACCCCUCCUUAGUGACACUGGCCAAAUACUUCUCCUUGACUGCACAGCCCUUUCUGGCAUCGGCAGGCAGGACUGCGUGUAUCAUUCGCUGUCUCUUCUUGGCGCCAAAUAGAGCCUGUCUGU